AUGGGCACUGUACUAUCACUGUCGCCUGGCUCUCGUAAAUCAGGCUAUUAUGACAACCGGCCGGGCUCCCUCAGCCACUAUCCGAGCCUCAGCAGCCGCUCUCUCAACACCCAGAAAGACCGCGGCCUGAAACGGGGGCAGUCAAUCUUCCUCCCGGCACUGACCUGGAAACGGCUGGUGGCCUCCACUAAGAAGAGAGGCAGCUCCAAGAAAGGCUCGGGUGGUGCAGGGGGGCUUGGUGACCCCCUGAAUAACAACAACAACAUCAACAUCUACCAGAAAGACCCCGUGCUUCACCUCAACCGUGAGAAUGUGAAGAAGUCUCUGUCAUGUGCCAACCUGUCCAACUAUGAUGGCCCAGCAGGACUGGGCUUAGGGUUAGGGUAUGGACUGGGGCUGGGCCAUGGGCACAACUAUGGUUAUAGUAAAUCCCAGCAGCUCUCCUCUGUGAAAAAAGUCCCCCAGGGGACGUUGACCUCAUCCCCCAAGCGGGUCAUCGUCCAGGCCUCCACAAGCGAGCUUCUCCGCUGUCUGGGGGAGUUCCUGUGCGGUCGCUGUUACCGUUUAAAGCAUCUGUCUCCGGCCGACCCGGUGCUAUGGCUUCGGGCUGUGGACCGCUCGCUUCUGCUGCAGGGCUGGCAGGAUCAGGCCUUUGUCACGCCGGCCAAUGUGGUCUUCGUCUACAUGCUUUGUCGGGAUGUCGUGGACGGUGACCUGGUGGCCUCGGAGCAUGAGCUGCAAGCCACACUGCUCACCUGCCUCUACCUGUCCUACUCCUACAUGGGCAACGAGAUCUCUUACCCUCUAAAACCUUUCCUGGUUGAGGCUGGCAAGGAGGCCUUCUGGGACCGCUGUCUGGCCAUCAUCGACGCCACCAGCUCCAAGAUGUUGCGCAUCAAUGCAGACCCACACUUUUUCACACAGGUGUUCGCUGAACUGAAGAGUGAGGGAGGCUGCGGCCCCCAGGACUACAGUCGGGUGCUGGAUCGGUGA